AUGGUUCAUUCGCCUUCUAUAAUUCGCUGUGCGAUCGCCAUUAUUCCUAGAGACGUCAAAUUCUGCAUCGCAGAAGGUACAAACGAGUCUCGGAGGUGGGGCGUAUUGUGUGAAAUGGGAAGCGCCGUGGGCUAUCCAUUCCUGGUGGAGUUCAGGUCUAAAUUGCACUUGGCAGCCCAAGAAGGAAAACUCGCAGGGCAGGUCAUAGCCGCUAUUAUAGUCGCCCAUCGUAAGUUGACGAUUCAGAUCCCAAGGAAUCGGAUUCUCGGGAGCGCUUGACCGCGAGGAAGCACUCUCGGCGUCAGUGUUCGAGAAGACGGACGACGCGGUGGUGGAGGCAGAGGAUCUCCUACUGACAGAAGAGGCAGAAGAGGUUGGAUGGGUUCUUGCUGCCGGAUGA